UUGUGUCAACGAAUAUGCGUUUCUCUACAGCAAACUGCGCAUGUUCUGGUACUGUCACAGAUGUGUGUUAUUCAGCUCCACAGUAGGAGUUAAAUUUUGAGUCAUAAAUUUCUAUAUGUUUUCCUCUCUUUUCCUUCAAACUUUAAAAGCCAUUUGUUAACAAGUUUUCCUUUUUGAGGAUAAAACUUAAUGUCUCUCAGGUUGCCAUCUGUAUCGACACGCACAUACUUAGAGACUUUAGAAAUGUCGAAGGUUAACAAAAACAAAACAAACCAAAAUAUCUUGUGACUGAAGGCUAUGUUUUCUGCUUUAUAUGCCACUGCAAAAUAUUUUACCAUAAUUAUUAUGCUCCAUUAUUAUCAAAGCUCCACAAUAGCAGUAUGUUGUUUGCUGAGUUUUUAAGAAAAAGAAGAGAUUUGUAUUAAAACAAGGUCAACCUCAUCCACACAUCCACUCAAAGGUUAGGAUACUGAGCUCGCAACUGUAAAAUCUCUUUGACUUCAGGGGAAGUUCAUUUUACAUUUCCGUUAAAUCCUAGUUGUGGAUUCUGAGAAAUUGAGAAAAAAAAAAAAAAAUCUCGGAAUAACUAUACAGGGGUCUUUUCACGUUCCAGUUGAUCUCCUUAUUCAACAGGGGAUGGUCAGCGAUUUAUUUCUACACCGGAUAAACCAACUAAGGUUUUCGUAGGCAGCAACGUUUCUUUGGUUUGGCGUUACUAUAAGCCUUCCCAUCUUACUCUCAUCAAGGUAGCAUUUGGCUACUGGAAAAGCCCGGGCUACGUUUAUCCUAGAAUGAUAACAGUGAACGGAACAACCAACACUCCAACAGUGACAGCAGGUUACGAGUCAGCAAUUAUUUGGGCGGGAAACCUUACAAAUUCCCUCGCAGCGUUUGUUUUGCAUGAUAUUCAGCCAACAGACAGAACUGUGGAUUUUGGAAUACAUUUGGAGUUUGGAUAUCGAUAUAACCCAUUAAGAGACUCAGUGCAGGUUAAAGUCGAACAAAAACGUAAGUAAAAUAUUGCAUGCUAGCCUGCAAAUACAGCCGCCUCUCAUCCCCGCCGCCGCUUGGGACUCGCGUUUCGGCGUUUUGCGAGAGAGUGAAAAAACGUCGCCAGCUACAGUGAGCGAUGACAGGCGGCUAAAAAAUCUCAGGUCAUAAUUGUACGUGUGUAUCGGCCUUGUACGUGUGUAUCGGCCUUAAAGAAGAGGUUCUUACAUGAAUGGUAAAUGGUGCAAAUCUAGGCUAUUUAGUUUCUUUUUCCAAAGAAAAAAUGCAUUGUAGCGAAGAGAAUUUAGAGGUAUUCGGGCUCCCAGCACUUAAUAUUUAAAAUUUGCAUAACAAAAUAAUAAUGUUUUAUUGAAAAUAGCUUAAAAUGACUAAAAUAAGAAAAUUAAAGCUGUUACUGAUCACAUGAAUUUUGAAGUCCUUCUUCAGUACAUCCAUGAAGGCUACUUGAUUUUAGAAAAUAAGAACCUGCUUCAAAUUUUAGAUUAAAAAGGUUAUUGUAUAGUUGGUAUAACUGGCCAUUUUCGUUUGAGCCUGCCAGGGUUAACAAGAAGGGACAAAAUAGCAAAAUGUGCGAAAAAAAAAACUGACAGGAAAAAUAAAUUACGGAUUCCAUUCACUAGUGCCAUAAAAAUUCCACAAACACGAAGAACGAAUGAUGAUGAAUCAAUUCAAACGAUGGUGUAUAUGAGGAAGCCCAAAGGAAUAGGGGUACAAUAAUCGACUUUGGAAUUGUAAUAGAGACCAAUAAAGGCAUGAAGUAUCCUUUCACAGUUCGAUUGCGACAGAAGAUCUACGAAUUCUGACAAAGUUCUUAAUACAAUACAAUACUGUUUAAUUCAUGAUUUUUAACAAUAAUACAAAAGUGUAUAAAUACACAAAAACGAGAAGAUAAAAAAAACAAAAACAAAAUACAUCAUGGAAAGGAAACAAGGUCGACUUGAAGAUGUUAUUCACUUGUGACUGUCUACAGUCACUUCAAGUGGCAGGCGUAGGUGUAAAAUACUGCACCACCGACCCAUGCCGUUGUUGUUCAAACGUAAUAAGAUCACUUCUAUAUUUGCAUGUUUCUACUAGACGUUAUGAAUUCAAUAGUGGAAGUAGCCAAAUGCCCCUAACCUGUUCGUAAUCCAAUUGGUAAAGCUUUCACUGACGCCUUUCGCGUACGCCUCAUUACAUUUACAACAUUGCAAUAGGAAGAAAGUCCAAAGAAGUUAAAAUGAUUUGUGUUACACAAGUAAUGCUAUAUAAUACUGCAAGUAAUUAUAGUCAUCCAUGUGGAGAUUAUUGUUGCUGAUGUUUUUGUAGUGUAUGUGUAUGUGUUUAUUUAUGUCAAUCUAAGUGGCUUCUUUCUUUUACUAGGGGGCUAUGUCACGCUAUUUGCUGUCUUUUAAAAAAGGCGAGGGUAAAAAUAUUUUUCGCAUGUAUUGAUUCCAAAAAUAGCGGUUAUUUAGGAAUUGAAGCUGGUUCCAGUCGUCUGCAAAGAAUAGCUAGAAUGGGCAGGGUUGAAAUUUAAAAAGUUGUGCCAUAUAUAACCCCUUGACAGGGUUUUGAGUAAUACUCUUCAAAUCUUACCCACAGGUGUCGCAUUUACUAAUUCAUAAAGGUCUUCUUUAUAUGUCGGUAUUCCAUUUCUUAAUCCCAACUUCCGUUCUCUUGAGCUACAAAUAUUGUUAGUUAACCUCUCUUUGGAGUAAGAACUUUCCAUGAUUAAAGCAGAAUGAAAACCAGCAAUUGUUUUAGUCAAAUAAACACUGCUCGUUUAUUGAUUCAUCGAUGAUUCAUUUUAAAAAUCCUCAGUGAAGCAUGAAUAACAAGCUACUUUUUGUACUAUGUAAACGUCUUAAGUGCCCAAUUUUUAGACUGAAAUAAUUUUUUUUAGGGCGGGGGGGUGGGGGGUCAAGAGAGUAGUUUAAAUAGUAUCACUUUUCCGACUUUCAUUAAUCGCAACCAACAAUUCGUCCAAGAACUGCUAUCUCUAUCAUGGAAAGACACAGUUCCUCCGACUGGACGAAUACCCAUCGCUGGUUUAUAAUAUAACUACGAGUAUGUGCCUUUAUCCUGGGAAAGGAUUUUUCAUUUUGUUUUUCCUUGUCCAUAUAUUUAAGGAGCUUUUGGUUUCAGGUAAGAUUACGCUUUCAUGAUCAUUUUCACGUUUUGGCGAAGCAGAAACUUUUGUUGAUUCAUUUCAGCUCAGUUACAUUACUUAGUUUGCCCUUCAAAAAGUAGUAGUCGUGGCGAGGAAAGAUGAACACACAUACACUCCAAAAAUGUGUUAGACCAUUCUUGAUUAUUGUCCUUUGGUCAGUAAUAUAAUCAGGAUCUGCGAUAUCGAAAUUUGGUUUUUAUUGAAUUCCGUUUACUACAGUACCCAUUCAAGUUUGAAAAGCUGACUUUUCCACUAACUCUGAGGGAGGGCUGCCUCUUAAGAAAAGAUCCCGACUUUAACAACUGUGUUGAUGCAACCAAAUUUUUGUAUCUCAUCCCCGACCCUGCAACAUAAGCACCAUAGUAACUAGCCUCCCACGCAGACGAUCUUAGGGGUUCGUCACACGUUCCUACCCCACUAGACGAACCCCCAAAACUUCUGCGUGGAAAGCUACAUCCCCUUCGUUAGAACUUUAAAAAUGUUUCAAACGUGCCUCAGACUGACGUUAUUAUUACAAACAGGUUGGAGGGGGAAGAUCACCUUCAGCAGACUAGGGAUUCGAAAUUCUGUGAUUCUUCACAUCUAUCCAAGUAUACUUUAGAAAUCCUAGCAUUUGAAUCCAAACUCCAUUUAGAUUCCUGAUGUCAUCUCAAUGUCCUCGGUAUGCCUCGAUUCGCAAACAUUCCUUUGACGAAAAGUACAUGAUCUAAUAGAAGGUCACCUUGGGCGUCUAUUUGAUUUUAAGUUUAAACGCUCCAAGCAGGUGUUGAUCAAAAUCCUAAAUACGAAUAUACUUUAGGCGUCUAUUUCAACACAGUACUCUAUAUUUAUCCAGUCCAUCUGAUCAGUUUACGCUUUUAAAUCUAGACCCAUAUCGUUUUCUUGCUAGGAAUGUUGUAUUUUUGCGGAAAAAAUAAAUAACAACAGGCUAGCUUAAUAUUGCCAUUCUUAACUAUGGAUUCCCAGAUCGUUUAAUAUUUUUGUGCAUUUUAUCCAACAGGUGAUGGUAACAAGUUUACCUCUAAACCAGAUCAGCCCACCAAGGCUUUCAUCGGAGGCAAUGUUUCGUUAGUAUGGGGCUACUAUCAGCCAGCGCAUCUUACUCUCAAAAAGGUGGUGUUUGGCGAAUGGAUAAGCUCACCCGGCUUCAUUUAUCCGAAAAUAAUGACGAUUAAUACGACAGCAGAAAGCUUCAGUUUGUCACCAGGCCGUUAUGAAUCCAGAGUUAGUUGGGCCGGAAACUUGUCAGCUUCCCAAGUAGCGUUCGUUUUGCAUAAUAUUCAACCAGCAGACGAUAAAGUGGUAUUCGGGAUACAUUUAGAGUUUGGGUACAUGCAUAACCCGCUACUAGGCUAUGUCCAGAUGAAAGUCGCGAAAAAACGUAUGUAAUAUGUUUAUGCAAUCUUCAUCCGGUAACAUUUCCACACUUACCUUGUAUGCUUGCAGUUAAAAUAACACAAGACCACAAAAAAAAAACGAGAACAAAAAAGCAGCAUUUCAAGAAAAAAGAUAUUGUAAAUACUCAAAUUGAUUAGUGCCCUCCUUCGAAUUAUUAGCGGCUUUUAGCGAGCCACUGUAAGGGUAAAAAAAAGUGUCAGUUAUUUAACUAAGUGCCCCUUUCAAAUUAGCACUACUGAACCCUUCUCCAAGAGAGAAAACAAUCGUGAUUAUUGCGGGUGACAAGAGGAGCCCGCAAUCCUAAUCUCCAGGUUGUUAUUACGCAUGCGUCGCAUGCAUGUGGCCAGCAUUCGUUUGGACUUCCAAUGAGAAUGAAUGGAAUGGAAGGGAUUCCCGGUUGCCGUCCCUGGCUGGUUAUGAAGAAUUAGCUGAGGGAUUUGAGUCAGUCAGAAAUUUAAGAAUUUUUUGAAUGAAUAAUAAUAAUGUUAUUCAUGCCUUGCGCUUCGAGGUUUGGACAGUUUUUAAAUAUAAUCGUACGAAAACAAAUCCUUGGCUUUCAGCUUACCUGGUUAGAAACUGUGCAAUGGAUGAUUUGAAGCUUAAAAUCGGCUCUGUCCUGAACCGAUCCAAAAAUGCAGGGUUACCGUCUUGCCUCUUUGUUUUACGCUCAGAGAGGUAAACGUUUGAUGCAAAAUUCGUCAAAUUGCUAAAAUUUACGACUUCCGACGACAUAUUAGGCAAAAAUACGCUUAUUUUGCUCUAAUGUGUAAAUAUAUUGCGAUAAUACGAAUCUUUUUUGAUUUUUCCAUACAUUUCUUCUAAAUUCAGUAUACGGUACUGAUGAAUUGCUACGGUUUGUAUGGACUAUCUGUGCUGUUUUUGCCUGUUUUUGAUAACCUUAAGUCAAGUACACAUUUUGAACUCUGAUGCACCGGCGGAAACAUCAUGAAAUUUGUGGGCUGGAAAAAUUUUAUUAUGGAUAUAAUAACGCGCUUCCUUUUCUCCUGUUUUCUCGGAAUUUCUAUAGCCGUUGCCGACUUGCCAAGAAUCAUAAACAUUACUAAACCACAUCUCCUAACACUUGGAGCAAAUGUGACCCUCAGUUGUGUUGCCAAUGGGCUAUCUCUUCUUAAUGUCACUUGGUACAAGGGUGGAAAGGUCAUGAGUCAUCAUCAUGGCAACUGUACUUCAGAAGCGGUGCUUGCGUUUUAUAACAUCACCAGAGAAGACUGGGGAGAGUACGUUUGUGUAGCCAAAAACUCUGUUGGUGAAGAUUCGAAAGCUGUUUUCAUCAGAAGUGAGUAUUUUUUUAAGGGUACAUUCAAAAUAUAGAUUUCUGUGUUAACCAUGCCACUUUAAGAGUAAAGGAUGAAUAUGGUACUGUUUGUGUACUGAGUAUACAAAGCAUAGUGGAAGGGGGGAGGGGGGAGGGAGGGGGGGCGGAGCAGGGAAAAGUAAGGAGGAAGGGGGAUGUCAAAGGGGGGAUUUCAAGUCCCUUUAACGUUUCCGUGUCAAAAUUAUUGCUAGCGCAGCCUUAAAAAAAAAAAAAAAAAAAAAAAAAAAAAAAAAAAAACUCUGGACAUGUUUCUCAAACGAUCCGUAUUUUUAAAACUGCAAGGAGGUGCGUCAGUGCACCGACAAAACAGGCGAAGGACAGUUCGGGAGAUUUGAAAUUUCCCUUUGUCUGAAAAUCUUUUUCUCAGGGCUGAAAAGGAUCAAUCGGUCAAACAAGUCCUGUUUUCAGUGUAAAGCUACUGAAAAAGAACCCAGUAAAGGUGCCUUCGAUUGAUUGUAUUCCGGAAUGAGAAUACACAAACGUUUUGUUACAAAUCUCUUCUACCAGGUGAACUUUUUUGGACCAUUCAAAACGAAUACCCUACCAUCCAAUCUCGGCAGUAGUUGGCUUUUCCACAUGCUAGAUAUUGUGAUGCAAUUAAUGCCAAAACAAGUGAUUUCUACAGGUUAUUCCAUUUAUUCUACGAAAUACGGUCCUAAAUGGUCAAAUAUGUGAAGUAAAAUGCGAAGCAACCUGGCAAAAUAUGACUAGGAUUUGUCUUUGUUCCACGAUCGUUACAUGACAAUAUCGUUCCCUAUUCAUCUAGUUUCGAGCUUGACCUUGUCAUCCUUUUCUAACACAAGAAAUUUGUAUCCCCUUUAAAAGUUGAUUAUGUACCGCUGGGCAAGUGGUAUUAAGGUCAACCUUUUUUUUAAUACGGAAAAAACUGAUAAAUGAUUAAGUUAAUGAGUAAGUUUAUAGGCAUUAAAUAAUGAUGAUAAUAAUAAUAAUAAUAAAGAUGAUGAUGAUAAUGAUGAUGUUGAUGGUGGUGGUGGUGGUGGUGGUUUGGUGAUGAUGAUAACAAAAACAUUUGUGAUUACUGGGUAAUUUAAAACAUCUUAAUUCCCAGGCUAACUAUUUGUACAAGCUCAAGAUUUGUUGUUAAUGGGAAUACUCUGUUGUUCAUACUACACAUAAACCCAGAUUGAUUGUUACUAAUAAGCAAAUGACUUCCUUUAUCGUUGAAGUUCUUCCCUCAAGCCCAACGAUUCUGCAUACAAACACCAUUGCUCGCAAUAAAAGCUGGGUUCUGAGGUGGUCAGCGGUCUACAGCGAGGGGCAUUUGGUGAAGACAUAUACAGUGUGGCACCAACUCUGGCACAUAGUAAAGGACAAUAUGACUCGCAAGGAAUCCUGGUUACGAGAGAAUAUUACUGGCUUUGUGUACCGUGAAGAACUAGCCGCUGACACGCGUUAUCUGUUCGCCGUAACAGCUUGGAACAAAUGGGGCGAGAGUGAAUUGGAAAUUGACAAAAUACUGAACAUAUCGACGAAGUUUACAGAUGCAUUCACUCAUCAAAUGGAGAGAACAACAAAUCUACUAGGUAUGAAUGACUGUGAAUCACAAAAAUAGGUAGCCUGCGAUCAUCCCCUCUCCCUUUAUCUCUGUAAUCUGUUUUCGGGAGGAGGGCAUGAUACAUUUCUUUUACAGAUCACAUGCAAAAAAGCCAGAAUCUGGACUUUUUUCUGAUUGGAUAGAAAACAAUACGGAUGAUUUGCGCUGUUCCGAUUGGCCAAAACGCCGCCAGCCGUUAGUUGUUGUUGAUUUCAAUCUGCAUUUUUGCUUGGGUAAUGAGUAGUGAAUACACACGUGAGUUCGUUUUGAAAUUUCUGCCGGCUCAGUUUUCUUGAAUUUGAAGAAUGUCUAAAUGGAAAUUCCAUCCAUUGAAAUAUUUUCCAUUUCAUCGUAUACUAAAAAUUGUAGUAAAAAAAUUCACCGAUCAUUUGAAUGCAAUUGAUACCGGCUACAAGUUACAGAAGCGACAAACGGGUUCACUUUCAAAUGAUCAAUCUUAUGAAUGGAAUCUUGACCUGGUUUGACUGCAAUUCCUCCUUCAGAAACCUGAGAAUCAUUCUGAGCGAUCUUCGCUUUCACAACAAGUUUCAGUUCGUGAAAUAUGUGCUUCAGCCUAUUUUUUUUUUCACUGCUUUCGGCACAGAACGAAGUCAACGAGCCUUACCAGUAACAGCUCCAGCUAGCAGUAUUUCAUCACACACACACAAAAAAAAAACAUUUAAAAAUUACCGUGGCUCAUAUAGGACAUCUAUUUAUUUUUUUCAUACUUUACAUUUGCAAUUCGAGUUUUUACUGCAAAAAUCCAAGUUGUUCGAUUUCAAAAUUUGCAACUCGGAUUUUUACCGCAAAAAUCCGAGUUGUGUGCGUUUCAAAAUUUGCAACUCGAAUUUUAACCGUAGAAAUUCGAGUUGUGUGCGUUUCUAAAUUUGCAACUCCAAUUUUUACCGCAAAAAUCCGGGUUGUGUGCAUUUCAAAAUUUGCAACUCGAAUUUUAACCGCAGAAAUUCGAGUUGUGUUCAUUUCAAAAUUGGCAACUCGAAUUUUAACGGCAGAAAUUCGAGUUGUGUGCAUUUCGAAAUCUGCAACUCGAAUUUUUACCGCAAAAAUCCGAGUUGUGUGCGUUUCUAAAUUUGCAACUCGAAUUUUUACCGCAAAAAUUCGAGUUGUGUGCGUUUCUAAAUUUGCAACUCGAAUUUUUACCGCAAAAAUCCGAGUUGUGUGCGUUUCUAAAUUUGCAACUCGAAUUUUUACCGCAAAAAUCCGAGUUGUGUGCGUUUCAAAAUUUGCAACUCGAAUUUUUACCGCGAAAAUUCGAGUUGUGUGCGUCUCUAAAUUUGCAACUCGAAUUUUUACCGCAAAAAUCCGAGUCGUGUGCGUUUCUAAAUUUGCAACUCGAAUUUUUACCGCAAAAAUCCGAGUUGUGUGCGUUUCAAAAUUUGCAACUCGAAUUUUUACCGCGAAAAUUCGAGUUGUGUGCGUCUCUAAAUUUGCAACUCGAAUUUUUACCGCAAAAAUCCGAGUCGUGUGCGUUUCUAAAUUUGCAACUCGAAUUUUUACCGCAAAAAUCCGAGUUGUGUACGAAUGUUCAUUCCCAGUCCCCCCAGCAGGAGGUCACGUGGAGUGAGUGAUAAACAUGGCGGAGUUAACUGUCCAGAAGGCAAGUAUUGUCCCCGGGGGGGGUACUCCCUAAUAUGGGCUAUAUAGGUAUGUGCGGCCCCAAAGGGUAGGGUUUUUCAGCCGUUUUGGUCAUAAAUUGGGUAUCGAUUUUGGCUAUUUUGCCGCCAUUUUGGUCAUAAAUAGGGUAACGAUUUUUGCACUGAGUCUUGAAUGCACUUUUUUAGAAGAAGCUACUUCCUUAUCAUGUCCCCCUAACCUAAUAGAAGCAGAUAAACAUUGCCUUUAACAUUGGUCUGAACUAGGGAAAUAAUUAUAAGGCAGGUCUGAAACAGGGUAUUGAUUUAAGGGUCAGGUCAUAAAUAGGGUAUCAAAUUUUUGGUUAGGUCAUAAAUAGGGUAGGGAAAAUCGCAGAUUUUGGUCAUAAAUAGGGUAAGGGUUUUAGGAAGCGGGCCGCACACCCCUACCCAAUUUUUCUGCGAGUACCCCCCCGGGUAUUGUCUUAGCUUUCAUGUUUGAAUGUCUCCCUUGCUCGCUAUGGACUUAGAAUCCAUGAAACUGAAAAGAAGAAGGUUUUGUUUUUCAGAUUUUAGACUUUCUCCGUGGAAGAGGGGUGGAUGAAAUAGUAAUUGAACAAUUUGGAAAGCAGAAGGUGAUUAUGGCUUGUUGAGCUUGCGAUUAUUUAUGCUUUGCCCCUAUCACAAAGGUUUAUGGCAAGAUUUCCGUAAAAAGCCCUGCAUUAUGUACACAAUUUUGAUUAAUUAGAUGCAGACGCUCUUUUGUUUCUGGUUUUGUUUAUGCUUUUGCAUAAUUAGUAACAGUGUCUCACGCAGGCACGUCAACCGGUCAACUCAGAAAAGUGAACCGUUAUUUAGAGGCCUACAAGCAGGGCUGCCCUGCCUUAAUCCUCUGAGGCCCAACAUCCAAACAAUUUUUCUAGACUGAUUUCCAUACAUAUCCGUAAAGAAUUAAUUGAAAGAAUUGGUCAAUUGAUUAAGGCAUAUCAACAGCAUUUAACCUCACGCACAGUUGAUAUAAUUAAAUUUUGUGAUGAGCUAAUCAUUGAUAUCGUUUGGAGAAAACGUCAGGAGUCUACCCUCUCUUCAUAGUAAAGGCAAAUUGCUCCUUGUGGUUUUAGAGUAUUGUUUUCAUUUGUUUUAUAGAUUGAUGGUCUUGCAGUGGGUAAGAUGAAUGAAUCCCACUUUAAAGAUCUUGGGUUAAAUGCUAUGUGAGACCGAUUUGCUUUAAUAGCAUUUUGUACCCAAAGUCCAAAUUUAGAUGAUAAAAUAGAACGUCUUAAAGAAGCACUAAACAGCAGGGGAAAGCGUUCAGGGGACCAGUCAGCAGCAACUGUAGAUGGUACAGUUUGUAGAUCUAAAAGAGUUUCCAAAUCAACCUUAAAAGUGGAAUUUGGCUGGAAACAUCUUAUCAAUGGCAAGUAUGUGCAGGUAAAGAAAGGAAAAGGUGGUGGAAAUCGCACAGUGGGAAUGCCGAGGCAUGCAAAGUAUGAAGAAUGUUUAUUAAAAGCACAGGAACUCUUUUUCCCCAAUCUGAAUAGCCAGUACGGCAAAUAUUCAGACAUGGACACCCAUUAUUUGGGCAACGACAAUGUUGAAAAAGUGGAAGAGGAAGGUUUCAGUGUGGAAGAAUACAAGGAGAAGAGUGGAAUGACUUUACCUCGGCUUUACCUGGUAACAAACGCAAAGGUUCAAACUAGUAAGUUCGUGACAUAAAAUUUGAAACUGACAUUCUAAUUAGAGACAUCAACUUGUAUGGGAAUGUUUUGUUCCACAGGUUUUUUUCUUGUAAUUAUUAUCCCCCCCCCCCCUCUCUCUACCCACGAAAAGAGUAAAAGAAAUGACCCCACAAUGUCUUCAAUGAAUAUAGAUUCAUUUUCUGACAAUACAAGCUUGAAUGGAGAGUUCUUCAGAACUCUACAAUCUAAAUACCUCUGUGAAGUGAAUGAAUACAUUCUAAUGAAGUUUUUAUUAUGAUGAUUACCAAAAGGCAAUCUUGGUGUUCAUAACAAGAGUUAUUAGUGAACUUACAUUUUUUGUAUGCAACAGGACAGUAGAGGAAAGAAGACAGCGUACCUUGUAUGACAAGCAUGACAAAAUUUUGUUUGGAAACAUUUUCCAUGAAACUUCAUCUUCCAUAAACAGAUAUUUUUAUAAAAGAUCAGAGCACAUUUAUGUUAAGUGAAAUUCAUGACAAACAGGCAAGACAUCUGUUCUUUCAGACAGCCAUCCUGUCGUAUAAGCUCACUUUUAAUGAUUUGUGGUUGCCAACCUAAAAAGCUCUUUUAGCUUUAACAUUAAAAAAAUACCCAAAACAUCCUACUUCUAUUAAAGGAAGAGACAAUAAGUUGAUGAUUAUAAAGAAAUUGUGAAGUCUGAUCUAUUGAUUUGGUGAGAAUGUUGUGCCAUAAAAAUGAUAUCUUUUUUAUCCUUUCUCUUUUCAAGGAGCUGUGCAGAAGAAAAUUACUAGUGUGUCUGACAGUUUGCCUACCAGUUCGGUACUGUAAUGUUGUUGAAAUACUGUAAUGGUUAAUUUCCACCUUUACACUUUAAGAGCCCAGCCUCAUCUACUCUUAGCAACAAGGAGGAAAACAUAUGGUGACUGAUUGUUUUUCCUUUGUAUUGUUGAUUUCAGGAUGCACUUUCUCAACAAAAGGAGUUGCAUAUAUCAGAAGAGUUGCCUGUUAAUUUUAUGGAGGUACAUGUGUCAGUCAUAAUCUUUAAAAUUAGGUUUCCUUUUGCUUCAUAGGAGUGGUAAUGCCUGACAAAAGCUCUCCAGAAAGGCAAAAAUGGAUUGUGGGAGGUUUACCACAUGCAGUGUUCAAGAAGGAGGGAUGGCUAAAACCAGGAAUAUGGCUAGAACAACUAAAAUAGUGCAGACCCCAGCUCCCACUCCAUAAUUAUAGUGCCAGCACUAGGAUGAAAUUAUGUACAUAAAGUUCUGUCCACUGUCAUUAUUAGUUUUCUAAUCCUACUUAUGUGUCCCUUCUAACUGAAGAUGGCAUCGGCAAUGUGACAUGUCAUACAAGUCUAUGUGAUCAUGAUUUACUUGCUGUUUACAUUGUUUCAGGAGGAUGACAAUGAUGAACACACUGGACUAUCUGAUCUGUUGGUAAGCAAGUUUUCAGAUGAUUCAAAAAUCAGUGAUAACAUUUUCAGUAGGAUAAUAUUUUUUUAAAAAAGCAGUUUUUGUGGAUUCCUACAUUACAUGUUCACACAUUCACAGAGUGGAUUCAUUAAUAAUCAGAGGCCACAUGCAAAAAUUCAGCUGAUUUGGAAGAAGAAAAAAAAACCACCCAAAAUGGCACUUAGCAUUCGGUUAAUCCAAGCCCUUAUUAUUUGCACCAUAUGAAUAGGUCAUGAGGGAAACACUGGUAACAAGAAAGAAUUUAACAGAAACUAAACUCUGCGAAAUGACUGUACUAGUAGUUGUGCCAUUCCCUCUCAUCGCAAUGCUUUGUUGAAGUAACUGAGUAGAGCCUAUCUUUCCGUAGGAAGCAGAGGAAAGUCUCAUUAAGACCAGGGUUGCGGUAAGUACCCCAGUUUACCCUAGUCUUAAUAAAGGUUUAUUUUCAGUCUGAAAUUGAAACAGUUUAACUUUGUGAUUAAAAAUAUUCAUUUUAGGUAAAUUCAUUUUUCCAAAAUGUGAAAGAAACAAAAAGAAAUUGACAAAUAUACCUUGAAUAUUAUUUUCUUUGCUAAGAUUUCUUUACUUGUGUCCCUGAUGGUUUGAGAUUUUAGUAAUUUUUAUUAGUACUUUUGAUAUUUAUUCAUUUUUAUUUGUAAUAAUUAUUACUGAAGUAAAUUAAUUAAUUAAAUGAUAAUAUUGUUAAUUUUAUACUUUUCUUUGUCUCACAGUGGUGUUCCAAAAAUGUUUCCAACUUUGAGGAACCCCAGCUAACCGAACCUCAUAUUGUGACAGUGGUGUUCCCCUCAAAAUUCAUGAGAAGUACUACAACAAGGACAUUCAACUUAACUGCUGUUGUUAAGGUGAUGUCAUAAAAUGCCAUCAAUCUGACAGUAUAUGGAGAUAAUGUUAAAAUGCAAGUAUAAUUUAGAUUAAAAGUAAACAAGCAAAAUGAUGUCAGUCUGGUUUCUGAGAACUGCCAGCCAAAUAAUCUGCAUUUCGGAAGAAUUUUUUCCUCUUUUAUCAUCAUCAUCAUCACCACCACCACCACCACCAUUGUUUACCUUUCCCAUUUGUGAUUGAUAUAAAUCCCCUGGCUAAUUCUUCAUGACAAAGCUAGUGUUGACCACACUUCGAAUAUGCAAGCAAUGUCAGAUGCAAUGUUAUAUUUCCCCAAUAUGAAAUGGCAACCUCAUUUUCAGUCAGUGGUGUGGCUAGCUGUUGGGGGUGGUUGAGGGUUGGGGAAAGAGUUAAUAGAUAUCUCAAGAUGGAAUGGCUGUAUUUCCCUUACAUCCUUUAUUAAGCUCCCUCUCUCAAUAACCCCCCUUUUUCAAGAAAAAAAAGGUUAUAAGCCCCCCCCCCCUCUUUUUUGCAUGCAGGAUGAUUUUUUUAUCUAACAAUAGUUUGAUUCUCCUUGACACAGGAUUUGUACACUUGGAUUGGAAGCUUCCCAUCAGUUCCACUGCAUUUUUCAGUGGUCUUAGACAAGGGAUCCAUUUUAAAGGAUCUGAAUCAGCCACUUUGUCAGAUUGGAUGUCACAUUGUUGUGGAAGUCCUAGUGAGUAUAUCUGAGUAAUUUAAAAGGAAGUGCUGUGCUAAGCUAAGAGUCUGGUUUUUUAAGACCUAUUUAUGUUUUACUUUAACAAAAAUUCAGUUGUCUUAUACAGGGUUUCAUAUACACGUCUUGAAAACCAUUGGAUUUUAGAGUCCUUUUAAGGCCUUGAAAGUCCUUGAAGUUCUCCUUCAUUCGUGGGAAGUCCUUGAAUUUUAAUUUAGGACCAGUUUCAAUCCUCUAAAAAAACUUUGGCAAAUACCAGUUGGAAGGCAACGUCAGAAUAAACUCGGUAUUGAGUUGAAAGUCCGGUUUGGACUCACAAACGAAUUUUCAUAAAAAAAUAGUUGCCCUUAAGAACUAAAGCCCAUUAUCAUUGGAAUGUACUUGUGUUUUAUUUGGAAUGUGUUUUAAAAGUAGUAAAUACAGAUUAAGGUCCUUGAAUUUUCAAUGCGGUCAUUGAAAGUCCUUGAAAAGUCCUUGAAUUUUAUAUGUGUGUUAUCCUGCUUAUACCUAUAAUCCUGGUUUGCUCUAACCUUCCUUUUGUUAUUUUACGCCGGCACGGUAUCAAUUCUUGUUGGAGUAACCUACUAUUGCUAUGCACCUCCUCUUCACAGCAAAUACCUCCAGAUGUUAUAACUGGAAACAAGGACCUUAUGUCUUCAGAACUGAAAUGUCAGGUGAGAACAAUAAAAUUAGUUUUUAAUUUUUAUUCUCUCAUCCUGUUAGACAAGGAAUAGAUGGCUUUCCAUUUUGCUUUGUUCCCAUGUAUUACAGCUGUAAUCCUAAAACAUCAUCAUCAUUUUCUGCGUUUUGUAUUGUACAGUGUGCCAUAUGCAAAGAAGUAUUACUUGCAGAUGACCUGAUUGCCCGACCGAACAACUGCUUGCAUAUGUAUCACUUCAUCUGCAUUGAUGAGUGGUUGAAGGUAGGUUUUAUUGUUUGCUAUAUUUUUAGUAGUGAUCAUGAAGAGAUUGUUCGAAGCAUCCUAUUGGAAAGAUGUUUGAAGCUAGAUUUAGUUACUGAAAGAACAGUUGCUGGCAGUGAUCAGGAGCGUCGAGGUUCCUUCAGACUUGCUUAUAAAGAAUGUCAUAGUGAUGUCCUCAUCGACUAUAAGACAGUGCUCAAUAGUAGAACUAGAGCAGAAUACAAGUGGACUGAUGGAACUGGAUUAAAUUUAGAACAUUUAUUGCUACUCAGACCAUGCCUCUUGCAAAGCAAACAAUUAGGCAACUGCCAAAACUAACGGUUACAAUAAAAGAUAUAGGGAAAACAGGACAAUGAAUACUAGGUGUGGUGCGUGGGACAUAUCAUACCACUGGUUAAUGCAAUGUACACUUUUUAUCCCAUGCGCCAUAAGAAGUAUUCAGUUUUCUUAUAGAAUCUUCUCAUGUAUUCGGUAUUUGAAGGCAGUGGAAUGUUUUUCGUUGAGUAGUUAAAAUUAAUCUUCUCCAUUGUAAUAUAGGUAGAUGAGGAGGGUAUGUCAUGUCCAAUUUGUGAAACACGCUUUACAUGCACCAUUAUGUGUUCCACGCAGGAGGAACCAAGCAAGACACAGGUAUUCAUUUUUAUUAUUCUUUAUAAAAUUAUUCAUACUGUUAGUGUUAAACUGGUAACCAGUUCCUGGUACUUGACAUCCUGCAGCCUUAGUACUCUUAGCCGUAGAAGCUGUCGGAGGAUUGUUAUAUUCAUCAUCAUUGCUAUUAUUUAUUAUUGCUAUUAUUGUUAUAGUCAUUAUCGUUAUUAACCAGAUAUCACAGUUGGUCUGGCCUACUUGCUCUUUUUGACUAGUUACUAAACUCAGUUUAGAACGCUGUUAACAAUGCUUUGUGCCACAGUAGUAAUGACCUCUUUCUAGCGGCCAGUACUGUCUUUUGCGAAUUUAUUUUAACACCUCCAAUUUUCUAGUGAUUUUUGAUAAAUGUUUCUUCACCUGGUUUUUCUUGUAAGUUAAGUAGUACUUUUUUGAAAAUAAAGUUUGCACAAAGUAUUUUAAUGCAUUACUUAGGAAGCAAAUAUGGCAAAAUUAAAAUUUUUUAAACUUUAUACUUUGGAAACCUUGUUUCGAUUGUAAAUGUACUUUGUUAUUGUUGAUUGUUGUUGUGGUUGCCUUGCCAACAUCAACGUUACUGUUUUUACUUAUUGAUAGGAAAGCAGAGAAGCCAUUGAUGAUAACAUUUCUAAUGAAGCCCAGCCACUCUUAUUUGAAGAGUACAUGGACAAUGGCCAAGGUAUAAAUCCUUCCAUUUACAGGUGUAAAUAGAAACAAAGUGUCAGUGUGGUCAAGAGAUUUUUCUUGGUGUGGUUAAAAGCUUACUCUUUUUUAAUGUUUACAAAUCUAAUAUAUAGGCUGCCUUUUUGGAGUGGACAUACGUAGUGGAUCAUAUUCUGGAAGUUAUUACAGUAAAAGCUAGAUUUUUUUAUCGAACAUGCCGAAUUAUUCGAACCACAAACCUUGUCUUUGCGUAAUUAUUUACUUUCAUUAUUGUAACUGUGCUCUCUCAUAUGUUACAUGAUUCUUUGGAAGAAUCAUAUAAAUUGCUUCAUUUUUACUUUGUACCGAUUUUUGCAUAAAUAUCCUUUUCUGCAGGAGGGUUCAAAAAGCGGACUCUCUUUCUUUUAACUUGAUCCCCUUAAUGUUUACUCUUCCAGAGCCCAGUAGAUUGUACGAGGCAAGGGAAAAGGAGUGGGAUGGGCUACACAACUGCACACAAGCAACUGUAAACCGAGAUCUCAUCGGUGACGACCUGAUCAAGUUGUAUAGACAGCAGGACACCUGUUUCACAACACUAGAUGUGAAAUUUCUUAACGAGCCAGCUGAAGAUGCGGACGGUUUAACACGAGAGCGGUUUUCCCAGGGUUGGAAAACCAUCCUCCCUCAAUUCUUUGAGGGUACCACAUUCCACGUGCCUCGCGUUGAUCCGGACUGCACUGAAGAGUUGUUCGAGAUUUUGGGCCGCAUUGCAAGCCAUGGAUUUGUACUCACUGGCUACUUUCCAGUUGGUAUAGCGCCCGCGUCAGUUAUUGGCAUAUUUGAUUAUCAGUCCUUGAGUGAUGUUGAUCUCAUUUACAGCUUCCUUUCCUUUCUAACGGAGGGGGAAAGAGCAACUGUUGAAAAAGCCAUGUGCAUAAAAGUUGGUGUAGACGACAUUAUCGUCGACGUUCUCUCCCGUUUUAACGUUCGAGAGAUUCCCUCUAACCCGUCGGGUUUCCGUUCUUUGUUUCUUCGCAUUGCUAAAUGCGAAUUUGUAACAAGGCCCAGUGUUUUAAUGGCAGCCUUUAAAAAAGGGAUGCUUAUGUCGCAUCAGGUGCUGUGGAAUGAUUUGAACGCAGCUUCCAUCAGGGCGUUGUAUGCAAAGCUUUAUCCAUCUCCAGACAAAGUGAUGGAAUUACUUCAGCCCAACGGAGAUUACGUGCCCCUAACCGCUCGCCGUGAGAGAGUUUUCGAAUUCCUUCGGCGAUAUGUUCGUGGUCUCUCCAGGGAUAAGGUGCCUGUCUUCCUUCAGUUUGUAACAGGUAGUAGUCUGGUGCUCGUUCCACGUAUUGAAGUGGCAUUCACAACCCUUUCAGGAAUCCAGAGGCGUCCCAUUGCCCACACAUGUUCUUGCCGAGUAGACCUGUCUACUGAGUACGAAUCCUUUGCCGCAUUUUGCAAAGAAUUUGAUACAGUUAUCUCAAAAGAAGAGUGUUUUGCGUACAAUGCCAUUUAAAGGUAGUAGAUGGUUUUCUGUACCACCCUUAAAGUAUCCAUCUUGUUAUCCGUGUUUGUUUGUUUGUUUGCCGUUGGCAACCGUCGCUUGAUCACGCUUUGUUGAUGUUAUUUCCGUAGUGCCUAUAGCUUAAUCCACAAUAUACCAAUCCUGAAAGUUGGUAUCAUUUGAUGUAGUAGUUCUCAUGUGCACAGGAUACUGAACGAACGAUCCUAACAAUUCGCUGAGCUUUAAACUUUUAGUUCCAUUAACUGAACUUAGAAAUGCAAAUUGAUGUUGAUCAUUUGUACUGUAUGUACUUAGCUAGAAGAGAAGAUCCAUGCGUUGAGCGUGGUAUUGCCUAUCAAGUGAUUAAGAAAUUUGUUGACGUUUUCCAAGUACGUUAUGUUGUUGUUAGUAAACUAAGGGACUCAACGUUGUUGUCACGUCACCUUGGAUCGUUGCUGCUGUGUGUGUAUCGUUGCUAACCUAAGAAACAGGUUAGUCUGUUAGUUUUGGUUCUGACAGAGCUUUGAUGAAGGAAACCCUUAUCAGAUGUUUUUUACACCUGAUGUGAGGUUUGACAUAGUUUCAAUAAAGUAAAGAUCAAGUGCAAUACUGAAUAAUAAACUCACAGACGUUUUAUUCUUCAAAUCUCUAUAUUUACUUCAUUGACUCUGGAUGGGUUUUUAGACGAAGCCUUAUAAAGAACCCUCACAUCUCAUAACGUAUGAUGUGAAUCUAAUCUAAAGCAGAUUUUCCAGCAGUCUGGUAAGCACGAGGAAUAAUUCUUUUGCUUGAGCUGGUGUCUGACCGUGGACUAGCUUGUGCGCCGCCAUCAACUCCAGUGCGACGUCAGCAAACUCGGGUAAUCAUACCAGAUCUUUCCUCCUUGAAGAGCAGCAUGUUUCACCAGCUUUCAAAUCACUCUCAGAAACUGGAUGCAGAUAGGACGAUGUACCUGCGUGUGAAAAAGAGUUCCGGUUAUUCGAUUUGGUACGGUCUCAAAGUUCAUGACCUCAGUACAACAGUUAUUUGACGUAAUCACUUCUCUUUAUACGAGUUCGUUGAACGGGGGUCGGAAAAUAUAGAGAAAACAUGAAUAUAAUUUCCGGGGGGUGGGGCUUACCAUAUGAAAAUAACGGCGAAGCUCGUUGUCGCGGUAACGGUUAGAAAUGGUAGAUCUUACUUAGGACGUUUAGUGCGGAAGACCAGUAUGUUUAUCCGUAAAGGUCCUUUAAGGUUGUGGGUAACGAAAUAUCUACAACAUCUUCUAGAUGAAAACUAACAGCUACUAAACAACUAAAAUUUAUAAGUAAAUGCGGGCAUCAGGUGUGUUUGACCCAAGGUUGGAGUAAGGUCUCCUUUAGGGGACAUACAAAUCCUCAUCUACGCCAAGAUUAAUCUUCUUUGGGGCUUUAACUUUAAUUUUCUGUCGAAUAUUAUUUUUUCAUGUGAAACGAUGGCUUAUACAAUUACCCUCUAGUUCCGGGAGAAAGAAGAGCGUAUCUGGUCGACCAGGGGGACUUUCCACAUUAUGCUGCGAACGGAUACGAUGCAAAUUCCAGUGCUGGGCUACUCGAUCGAGUUCAGCCUGAAUCACUCUCAUGAAGCAGAAUCUUAGGCACUCGCUGAAAAAAACAAAUGUGAAUAACGUUAGCUGCAGUGUAACUCUUCAAUAUGAAUUGAUUUGACCAAAAACCAUUACUCAUUUGGGGAGAAUUUAGGUUCUUGCUGUCACCGACCCUUGUUAACUGGGCUGCCUGUGCCUUUUCGCGUUUUAUGACCCGUAGAACGACAAAUUUUUUUGGAAUUUCCAGUUAGGUCAAAAUAGUGACGUUAUACUGUCACGCUAUAUCUUAAGGGGCAGAGGGAUUAAGAGAGGGGUGCGUGAAAAUAAUGCUAAUCGUUUCACGCUCAGAAUGGCCAACUUGCUUGUUUUUAUUCAUAAUGGUGGAAUUAAGAAGUUACUAUACAGCCCCGAUUUAAAAAAUGGUACUCAUUUUCCUUGUCACGAAAGUCAUCCAAAAGGGUACAAUAAGUGCGUACCGCCGCCCCCUCCCCUCAGAAAAAUCGCCCCUUGGCAGUCCAGUUAAAAUCGCCUUUUGGCGAUUCUUGUUUUUAAACAUACAUGUGCACUUGAUUGUAAUCCUUGAAAUCACCGCUGUCACGUAAGUCCUGCGAAAGCAAACGAUAAAUUCGCACAUUAUUCUUAUGUCAAGACUAAAGCGUGGUAAUAAAAUGAAAAACAAAAGAAAACAAAUUAAGAAAUAGAGAACGUAACGACCUGAGAUUGCCACUGCAGCAUGAACGAAAGGAAUUACGAUUUGGACACGUUUUAUGUUUUGCUACUGCCCACAUCGAACAACUAUGACUACGCCCAGACAAUUUAAAAAAUACCUUGAAAAAGUUAAUCCACCAAUCCAUGUCAGAAUGCCGCAAGUAUGCCCACCACGCUUCUAUGCGCUGGAUAAACAAGAAGAUAAUUACGGUUUUAGAAAAAGAAAGCUAUCCACGGAUCGAUCGCGUACAUAAAAAAUCAUCGUUAAAAAUUAUGCGAAGAAAGGAUAACAUUAUCCUGGGUACCACCACACAUUUCAUGUGUGGCUUCGAGUUUCGAACGAGUCUUUAUAGUAACACUCGUUUUUACAAGAAUAAAUUUAAUAAGAACAUGGAGGGUGAAAUUUGCAAAAUUUUAGGACUGUUUCAAGAAUAAAACCCAAGGCUGGGAUUUUAGAAAGGAUAUACUAUUUUGUUUGUUGAAAAUGUGUUCAGGUUUGUGGGGAGGAGCGUUGCGUGACGACACUAAAAACGGCUGUGUAGCAGACUACAAAACUAACCAACAAAACGAAAAAAACCUGCACUAUAAUUGAUACCCCAAUACAUUAUAAAACAGAAAUGCCAUAACCUAUCAUUUAAGGUAGUACAAGAGAAUUGUCAGCGUAAAAUGGGCAGAAAAUAAGAAUACUCAGCCUGGGCCGGGAAAACAACAUUCCUGAAAAAAAAAGAGUGAUACCGCGCGAAAAAAGAAAACUGUGCGGUUGGAAGCAUCCAGCCGCACGGCAGACAAAACUUCUUGUACACAAGGUAGGAGAACACUAGCUGAAGCUGCGCGAUGAAGAAUCUCUAAGUCUUUUUAGCUCCUGCCACGCAAGCAGCCAGCUGCAAAUGUGUAACCAGGCACAGUAACUAAAAUUGGUUGGCAUUAUUUUUACCUGAUUUGCUGUGGAUUUUCCGUACAUAAAACUUUUGUCCCCAGAAAAGCUGUCGCGUCCGUUGGCCCUAAAAAAUUUUUGUAAGACUUCCACUUUUACAUUCUCGGUUCCAGGAUCGGCACGAACAAUCCUUGCGGUCCCUAAAAUUAAAAGAAUAACGACAAGAGUCUUUAUUUACACGUGUAGGGCUUUGGAAGGUUAGAGAAACGGACUUCAAACCGGCCAAAUUCUACCUUUCAUCUGGCAGACGCAACCCAGAAAGUGAUCAGCAAUUACAGCAGCAUCGUUGUCAGUGCUCCUGACUUCCAACCACAUAAUCCGUCUAGAAUACCUAUAAAAAAGGUUAACGGUGGGGUAUUGGUGGGUAUGAACGAAACAAGGCACAUAAAGACUUGGGAUAACUCAAAUUCAAAGUAAACUGAGCAAUGUCCAUGCAUACUGAUUAUGGGACGAGUGCACUUCAUCUAUGAGGUUCCUACCCAUCAAUGCAUCCAUGAAUUGCAAAGCCGUAUGCUUUUAAUUUAUCAUAGCCAUCUAUGUGCCAAAGGAAAUUUGGUCCCUGAAAUAAAAAGUAAAUACCUUCAUACGCCUGUCCGUCUUUGACAGCACGUAUAAGAAUUUGGACCGUUAACUAGUAAAUAGAAGGUUGAAGUUACCGGGGAGAAGUACUUCCGUCGUUUCAACCGGUGUUUUUUCCUUUCUGCAACGCCAUCUGGGUCCAUCACUUUCAGAGCCAAUCGAACAGUUUCUCUAUCGACAGGAAAAAAAGAUUUUAAGUAACAAAAUAAAUGAAACACAAAGAUAAGACUGAAACUAAAAGACCCGCAAAAGGCACGCCACUCUCAUCAUAAAAUCAUCACUAUCUUGAUAGGAGCUAGCUGGAGCUAUUUACCCUCACCUGUCUACAACAAGGUGAUGAUCAUUUCUUAGCCUCUGAUGCAUCAGCCGGUACCCAAUGCAGUUCGCAGACCCUGUUAACUCACUCUGAUGAUAAUGAUGGAAGAAACAAAUUAGUGCGAUCAUUCUUUUUUUGUUAGUCUUGUCACCACACAGAAAAUUUGUGGCAAACAUAAUUUUACAGUGACUUUGUUGUAAUACCUACAAACAGAACGCACAGUUUACGAAUUAAAGAACUGUGCCAUUAACUGUAGCUUAAAUCAGAUCACGUAACCAUUCAAAGCACGAUACCCAAAGCUACUCCCGGACUUGUAAAUAUGUAGGCUAAGGCGGGUGGCUUACCGAAAUGGCUGCAAUAACUUCUCUUGCAGAACUUUUAUGUUUCCUUCUAUAUAGGCCCAUGCUGUUAAGCCUUCGCCUUAUGUGACGCAUACUAAAAGGAGGAAAGGAAUUAUAUUGUAGAGUUUAAUAUUACUAGGAAAUCCUGUCCAUGUACUCAGUAACAACUGUCUCUAGUGCAAAGCUGGAGUUCUGCAUACGGUUACCUGAAAUAAAUCCCAUGAGCAAAGGCUAGGAAAGCCCAUAUUUCGGAAUAACUUAAGCCUAAAUCGAAGUAGUGUUUGAGGAGUUCUUCACCUUUCAAGUUAAGCUUUAUCAAGGAAAAUUUAACUUGUAUCUCUAAUGACAAGUUUAAUAAUAAUAAUAAUAAUAAUAAUAAUAAUAAUAGCCGUCGUCAUCAUUAUCGUGAUCGUCAUAAUCUUUUUGGAUUGGUAUUUGACCUCUUCAAAGUGCUUUUUCUCAUGAAGUCAUUUUACAAAAACUAAGGCCAUGCGAGCUUGCACACAGACUAAUGCUGUAGAGACUUGACAAGAAACUCAAGUCAGCAUAUGAAACGUGGCUCAAAAAUAAUAAGAAAAAUGAUAUUAAAUGAUGAUAAAAAUAAAGUUAAAUAAUAACAAAUAAAAAAUAACGGUCAUCAUCAUCAUAACGAAUAAUACUGAGCACUUCUCUUGAAGCAUAAUAUAGCGCAUAACAAGAAGGUAAGAAAUAUAUUUUUGAUAACAACAUCCUAGUUCGGCAGUUCCGGUGGAGUAGAGGGGAAAGGGCAGAGCGGCUGAAAAACAAAAAUCAGAUUUACGCAAAAUUAGAACAGUUAACAAGGAUACAAGAUUGCGUAUGAUCCUGUAUGGGUGCUAUAUACCUCGGAAGGACACUUCCAGAUAAAGAUACAGACUCUAUCAGUAGAAGCAGGAUCAACAGCAGGUUCGCUGACACAAACGUCAUGAUUCAUUAGCCCUUUCAACGCAAAACGUAGAAAUCAGGUAAUGAAUUAUUACUCUAUCACAUGCAUGUACUGUAAUACGCAUUAUUAUAUGCAAAACUCUCAAAUAAAGCGUAAUGAAAUAGCUUACCCAUGCAGUGGAAGAGGAUAACCUGACCGUUCAGAAGCUAGGUAACCACGUGUCUACACGAAAAAGUCCGAGUUGUAAAUUUUGAAAUGCACAACUCGGAUUUUGAAUUUUGACUCGAUCCUUUGCAGUGAAAAUCUGACCUGAAUCGGAUUUUUGCGGUAAAAAUUCGAGUUGCAAAUUUUGAAAUGCACACAACUCGGAUUUUGCGGUUAAAAUUCGAGUUGCAAAUUUUGAAACGCACACAACUCGAAUUUCUGCGGUUAAAAUUCGAGUUGCAAAUUUUGAAACGCACACAACUCGAAUUUCUGCGGUUAAAAUUCGAGUUGCAAAUUUUGAAAUGCACACAACUCGAAUUUCUGCGGUUAAAAUUCGAGUUGCAAAUUUUGAAACGCACACAACUCGGAUUUUUGCGGUUAAAAUUCGAGUUGCAAAUUUUGAAAUGCACACAACUCGAAUUUCUGCGGUUAAAAUUCGAGUUGCAAAUUUUGAAACGCACACAACUCGGAUUUUUGCGGUUCAAAUUCGAGUUGCAAAUUUUGAAAUGCACACAACUCGAAUUUCUGCGGUUAAAAUUCGAGUUGCAAAUGUAAAGUGUGAAAAAAAUAAAUGGAUGUCCUAUAUGAGCCACGGUACCUCUCCCUUUAUCUCUGUAAUCUGUUUUCGGGAGGAGGGCAUUAUACAUUUCUUUUACAAAUCACAUGCAAAAAAGCCAGAAUCUGGACUUUUUUGUGAUUGGAUAGAAAACAAUACGGAUGAUUUGCGCUGUUCCGAUUGGCCAAAACGCCGCCAGCCGUUAGUUGUUGUUGAUUUCAGUCUGCAUUUUUGCUUGGGUAAUGAGCAGUGAAUACACACGUGAGUUCGUUAUGAAAUUUCUGCCGGCUCAGUUUUCUUGAAUUUGAAGAAUGUCUAAAUGGAAAUUCCAUCCAUUGAAAUAUUUUCCAUUUCAUCGUAUACUAAAAAUUGCAGUAAAAAAUUCACCGAUCAUUUGAAUGCAAUUGAUACCGGCUACAAGUUACAGAAGCGACAAACGGGUUCACUUUCAAAUAAUCAAUUUAUGAAUGGAAUCUUGACCUGUUUAGACUGCAAUUCCUCCUUCAGAAACCUGAGAAUUAUUCUGAGCGAUCUUCGCUUUCACAACAAGUUUCAGUUCGUGAAAUAUGUGCUUCAGCCUAUUUUUUUUCACUGCUUUCGGCACAGGACGAAGUCAACGAGCUUUUACUAGUAACAGCUCCAGCUAGCAGUAUUUCAUCACACACACACAAAAAAACAUUUAAAAAUUGUUUAAGGAAGCGCCAUCUGAACGUACUUAAAAUAUUCUUUUCCCUAAAAUGGAUUUCGAAAGAGAUAUUCCCGCCAAAAUUUGAUUCCCGUCUGGUAAACGCUGAUUGGCUAAUAACAUGACAGGUAAAGCAGACGUUGGAUUAUGCAAAUUAGGGAGCGAUUGAUGGCUUGUUACAAAUCAAUGUAUCAGGCGUUAUUUUUUUCCCUCUCGAGCCAAAGAAGCAAAGAAGCCAAAAAAAACAACAACAACAACAACAACAGAAACAAAACAAAACAAAACAAAGACAAAGGAAAGAUAAAUAACUCCUGAUCUCAGGUUAAAAAAUGGGUGAUCCCUCUAAUAGUUGGUCAAAUUAAUUUUUUAAGUACAUGAAUGAAACCAAAUCAAAGGAACUGCGUUUUCUCUCUACAAUGACAGAGAAAAUGUAGUGAAACAAAGGAAAGUCCUGAACUACGGUACUAGGCACAGAAAUGCACUAUAGCCUGGCUUUAUUUUGAUUAUUCUGAUUAUUUAGCUCCGGUUUCUGAGCCACUUCCAAAGACCGAAAGAAAAAGGCAAAACUUUGCUAUUUAUACGCAGUUCAUCAAAUCAUGUCUGAUGGCCUAUUUUAUUUAUCUGUUGUCAGCUACAACGAAGCCACAGUGGACUGGAACAUCAACAAUGCCAAUCUUAAUGAGCAACACGAAAAAUGAGGAGAAAAAUAUUUCCAUCCCUCUGGAGGCGUUAAUUGCCGUCUCCGCGUUUCCUGUAGUUGUAGCAUGUGCUGUUUGGUUGGUUUGCUAUUUUAGGCGAAACAGCGCUCCCUGGAAAAAUCCAAGUGAGUUAACCGGAGUAAUUUUCUGUACGCUUUUUCUUUUUCAAGCGCAGGAAUUUUUCAAUUAGACGCAGUUAUAGGGCAGUAAAACCUUUCAGGUGGUCGUUAUGAACGAUAUUGAUCAUUUUCAUGAAUGUACAGUUGAUGUUUGUAAAAACUGGUGAUGGAUGCACGAUCGAGGGCGAGUGUAUCCUUGCGUAAAUGGUGCACUAUAUAGAAUUUGUUAUUCCCAAGGGUCACCCAUCUACUCGAGUAACCCUGGGCGAGCCAAAUUUACACGCGUAUUGUUUGCUUACGAAAAGGUUGGCUUGGCUAGAAGGGUGACCAACCAAAUCGGGUGAUGGUGGUAUCAACCUGCUACUACUUUACCUGGUUAUCCCUAUAGCAGGACGUUACAUAGCGGAAACAGUUUCUGUCACUUGCCAAUCCUCUAACUUCUGUUAGGGACCGUGUCGAAAAGUGUUGUUAAUUUGGAUCAAAAUAAAUAGGAAAAAAUGGACGUGACAAGCGAGUUUAUCAUUCUUAAUGAAACUGAUUUGCUUUUAUGAAAAGAGUUACACCUACAAAAAAGUUUUAAGUGAGAAAGUUUAGUCCUCUCUGUACCAGUCCUCCUUCCUACAUUAACUGUUUCCCUUGACCCAGGCCAUUCCUUAAUUCACCCGAGCUUCUAAUCUACCCGGGAUUAGAAUCUUUCAUAAGUCCCGCAUAAGAAUUUGGAUUAAGAUUUCUGCAACAUAAAUUGACUGUUUUAAUUUAUUUUCGAUUUUGACAGGGCCCCAGCAAGGGUAUGUAUUUAAAUUAAAUUUUUUUGUAAUGCAUACACGAUUCGUUACCUUCCUUUUAACUUGAGGAGUCCAUCAGCAAAUUCGUCACUGUGAAUGGCGCCUAUAAUUAUUUGCCAAGGGUCAUCUACACUGUAAUAGACCUUGUCUUGGUUUUGGAAGCUCUUUUGACGAGUAAAACCGCGUGAGAGAUUAUUUUACUUUUUUUCCAGAACAGGGUUUUUACGGAAAUGAUUAGAUAUUAGAUUCUCAUACAAACACGCGGUAAUGCCUACUCGUCAAGAUGGCUUCCAAAACCUUGACAAGGUCUAUUAAUUUACUGUGGUUUUUUCCACUGUCAAUAAUCUGUGAAGUGUAGCCAGUUAUUCGCUCUUUUAUUUCACUGCAACGAUGAUCCUUAUUAUAUUUUCAUUACUCAAAAGCAUUCAUUCAAGGAUAAUGCAUCCUACAUACAAAGGCUGGCGCAUUUAUUGGUUUAUAUUUUCAGGAGGAAAGGAUUUUCUUCUCCUUCGCAUUUGAAUCUCACAUCUGAGCUGGUAAGGUGGUUUCUUGUUUUCCUUUGAUAGUGAUGAAACCGGCAUUAACUUUAUAAGAAGUUAAACUUUUUGCCCUUUUCUUUACAUGUACACCAAUCUCUACCGGUGCUCCUUUUUCUUUGUGUAUCGAAGUUGUAAUAGGCAACUUCCGAGUUUCCAGAAAAAUCUCAUUUCAAAGCGAGGCUAGGUGAAAAACCUCAAAAUGAGUUUUAUUUGCAUGAGAAAAAGUAUCACUGCCAUAUCAAAACUGCGCUUUUAGCCUUGCUGAAAGAGGCUUGGUGCAACUCGGAUAUGGUCUACAGUGUAUCUAACGUACGUUUUAAUUUUUCCUUUUAUCCACAAUAGGCAUGACUGCAUGUCAUUUUGAAAGUAGGCUCGCUACUUUCAUUUUAACUUUUUUUUUAUUUAUUUGUAACGCAUCCUGCAAUAUAACUGGGGGAUAUGAUUAACGCAGCACCCAUGCAAAUACCAUUCAAGUUUUCUAGAUUUAAAGGGACUUAAAUAGACGAAGGGAAGUAGCAAAGAGAAAUGAGUUGCUUGAAGUGUUUGUUGGUGUUAAGCUGGAGAUUUAUACAAUAAUUCCCUUCUCAGUUGUUUUUCACUAGGAUACUAUAAAGCAUUCACAUUUUUAAAAUUUUAAUUUAUGAUAAGUAUUUGGUACCACUGACGGAAUGAGUACGGCUUCUCGCGCUAAAUAAAAUGGGCUUCCUUUAAGUCAAAUUAUUAAAAAUACGCAGAAAUUUUAACAAGAACGAGCCGCUUUCCACUUGAGUAAAAUUAACCACAUUUGGGUUCAUUGAUAUGUAGGCUUUGGAGUCAGAGGAUAGAAGGUACUCAGUAAUUAUGUCAGGCUCAUCGUGGUUUAUCUACGGUUCGACACCAACACUAACAACAACGACAAACAUGGACGAGCGCAGUAGUAGCCAACCAGGCAUUGCUGAGGAAUCCCUUUUUUUAAAGUCAGUCAAUCCUGGACCAAGCAAUGCGGCUCCUACCUUUGCAUGCUACGAUCAGCCCAAUUCACAUGAUCUUAAAGUGAACAACCGAGAUCAUGUUAUCUCUGCAAUGAACAAUCAUGCUAUAUUUGAAGUGCAAGAAGAGAUAACCAGGGAUCGGAAAGACAAUAUAAGUCAGCAAGUUGGCACGGAAACGUCUCAGCAAAUGUUUGAUUCCGAAGGUUACCUUGUGCCGGAUGAUAGCGACAGUGUGACAAGAGGGAGGAAAAAGAUGAAGCCUCGGACUGGACCGUGGUUAAAAAAAACGUUAAAGAAGCAAAACAAAACAUUUCAAUUCCAAAACUCCACUUUUUAUAUCCCUCCCGAGCGCUUGCGUGUUUCAGAUGGGCUAGAAAUGGGCCAGCAUUGCGCUAGCCCUCGAGAUCCUAACCAACUCUUUCUCACUGAUCUUCAAACAAGGACUCUUCAUGGAGCGAGGAAUUAUGAGAAUUACCCACUUCAGGACACUGAGAAUGCACUGAUCCAUGGCUCCACCCAUCAUCCCAUGGUUCUCGGUGCGUCGCCAUACUCGCAUAUUUAUUGUAACACUAGCUGGGAAAUCCCACAAGAUCACCUGUCUUUAGAAGAGAAAAUCGGUGGAGGGGAGUUUGGUCAGGUGUGGAGAGGAAAGUUGUAUGACAUGACUAGUACAGGAAAGUGGAUAGUUGUAGCUGUAAAGAUGCUGCAAGGUAAGAUUAUUGCUACAGUGGAGGUUAAAAGAACUUGGGAAGCUGAAAGCCCGUUCCAAGUAUCAUAAGUAACUGCAACACAGGGCAGACCCUUCUCCUAAUAAUAAUCGUUUGUGAUCAGCUUCGGGUUCAUCCCUUCAUUCCCCUCUCCCCCACUCCCCAUGGUGUGCUUUGCCCAAAAAAGGAUUCAUCCCCACCCAUUUAAUUUGCUUAAUGUAGGCCUCGUUAGCUUGCAUGUUUUGUUUAACAAAUACAGGUUAUGUGAUAAUAGUCUAGAGAACUGUUUCUUUCUAUUUUUGUCUGAUUCACGCGCAUAUCUAUGCAAAUUUAUGAAAAGACAAAGGGUCAAGUUCAAGUCAACCUCUUUUGGGAAAACAAAACAUACUAGCUAAUAAAAGAGGUCUAUUGAACAUCGUACGUUUGGGAUGAUGGGGGAGAAGAACGUCGUCAGUUUCAGUCUAAUAUUACAGGAAAGGUCCUAAAACUUUUGACCUCCAUUGUAGUAUUAAAUUCACAAAGUCAAGACUUGUACUCUUAGGCACAAAAACGAACCGCAUUUAUAGUGGCCGUGUCACGAUUACUUCCACCUUUUUUGGUAAAAGUGGAGCAGAAAUUCGACCUUUGAUUUCUUUUCCAAGUAUUGUCAUACUUGGAACUCUCAUAGCAAGAUAUCAAGAUAUACCAAGAUAUCAAAGGGAGAGCAAAGUGUGAUUGGUUUUGGUCAUUUUUGAUCAAUAGGACAGGAAUCAGCUUGAAAUAAAUAACUGGCCAAUAUGUUUUAUAUGUAAUCCGUUUCCAUCAGGCUAUCGAAAGCCGAACGUAUCAACUCAUAUCACAGCACGAAACGCCCAUAAAAGCUGCAUUAGUACUCUGCCAAUUACAAGUACUGAUGUACAUAAAGAAUACAUUUGAACUUUAUAUAUCACGUCACAUCUCUUAUUCCCAAGAAGCUGUCUCCUAAGGGAAAAGUUUUUAGAUAUGCUAUGAUUCUCUGACGAAGGAUGUUGUGUUUUAAGGAUCAUUUUUUUCGUUAUAGCCAAUUAUUCGCCUUCGGACCAAAAGGACCUUCUGUCUGAACUGGAUUUGUUGAAGAAACUUAAACCUCAUCCUAACGUCAUACGAUUGUUGGGCUGUGUGACUAAAGACGUUGUUAGAUGCAAAGGAAAGGGAGUUUUCCGUAAGUUUAACAACUCUUACUCUAACAAAGCUGCAAUAGGACAGUGUCGAGUUCUCUAAAGCCUCUGUUUCAAAGCGAGGCUAAGUGCAAAGCUAUUGAUACUGUAUUAUCAGGCUAACAUCCCGUGGGGGUACUCCCUUUAAUGGCCUAUACGGGGAGGCUCCACCCGAAAGGGGUAUUUUUUUCAGACUUCAGGUAUAUGAAAGGGUACGGAUUUUACUCGUUGAAGUAUACGAAGGGGCAGGGAAAUCUGUCAUUUGGCUCUGUGAAGGGGCCAAACGGCUGUUAGAUGAAUUGUAUGGCUUUAUAAAGUCGAGAAAACGUUCUAUCGUUGUCUUUCUUUCCUAUAAAUAGAAGGGAUGCAAAAUUCUAAACAAGGUAUGUGGAAGGGUUAUACGAAAGGGGCACCUAUAUUGCGAAAAAUCCUACACAAAAGGGUAAGGAAUUAGACCUCUCGGCGGAGCCUCCCCGUAUGAAAAUUUGUUGAGUAACCCCAUCCAGCCAGUUAAAAAUCCUAGUGAUCUAAUUUGCUUAGGUUAAUUUUUGGCAUCUAACAAUGUUGCCGUCUUUUAAGGGCCACCUCUUUUAAUCCUGGAGAAUGCUCCUUAUGGCGAUCUUCUUGGAUAUCUAAGGAAACGCAGAGGACAAAAUGAUGAUUACGACCAUUUUAAUAGAAUGGAAGUCCCACAAAAGAUAGCAAAACAGCAACUCUACCAAUUUGCCACGGAUAUCGCUCUUGGUAUGGAAUAUAUCGCUUCUCACCAGGUGAGUUAUGGGAAGAAAAAAAUAAAUCAUUUUGCAAUGCAAAUAUAUGAGUUAGAACAAAGUUGCCGAUUGGCCGGGGAAGAAAUACUCCAGGGAAUUCUUGGCGAGGGUUUGCCGCCUGGUUCUCCAAAUCCUAACACUCUAAAGUUUCAGACCAAAAACUGUCAUUUUCCACACCCGUCCUCAGACCUGGCCUUUAGGCAGAAAUUACGUCAUCUUUUUAUUAGAUUAGAGCGCAAACAAAACGUAUCUUCAAAUGCAUUUCGAAUUUUCUUAUUUCUACUUCAUUCUUAUUCACUUGGAUUUGAAACGAUAAAUACGUUCGUAAUCUCCCAUAGUUCCCUCGAAAAACAAUACCCAGUUCCAGACCAAAAUGGGCAAAGUGCCGUAUACCCAUUUUCAGACCAAAAAGGACCAAAAACCAUUAUACCCUUCAGAGGAGCACAUACCUAUCGAGGGAGUACCACCCUCGGCCGAUUGUAAACUUAUCAACAGGCGGCGACAAUUUGUUGAGACCCUGUCGUCAAAUGGAGUGUUUGUUGUUUAGUGUUCCACAGCAGGUAGCUAAAACAGCGACACAAAGAUGUUUAUAAAGGGUGUGUAGAAAUGAAGAAAGCUUCAUUUUUCCCUUUCGAAUUAGUUGGCGAGAGAAUGGCCCUUUAGUGCAAAGUGGGUUGAUCAUAGAAUAUAUAAGCCAACCAGGUCUUUCACACAAAGUGUUAAGUUCAUAUCGAAUGGACUCAAAGCGAAUAGCAAGAUCAUCGCUUUGAGGAAGCAUGAUGUUAACUGAAAGGGGAAACAUCCCAUUUUGUCUUACAUCAAACAAAAGAAGAGGGUUUUCCUUUCUUUUAAAUUUCUCACAGCUUAUUCACCGAGAUUUAGCUGCUAGGAACGUGUUACUUGGAGAUAAACUGCAAUGUAAGAUCACUGACUUUGGAAUGGCGAGGGACCUGGGACUAGGAGAUGGAAUUUAUGCCAGGAAAACAAACGUAAGUUCGGGUCGAAGAGACAUUACACGCAGUAAUAACAACCUACUUUUGUAUUUAUUUAUUUGUUUAUUUAUUUAUAGUGGUAAUAGGACUGAGUGGAGUCUAAUUCGGUCUGUAAUCAUACGGGUGAUUAACAAAAUCGGACAAGCGCGAAGAGGGAGUCCAAUUUGUUCAUGAUUACAGAACUAAUUAGACGACACGAAGUCCUGUUGCCAAUUGAUCAUAACCGUUACAAUUUCCGAGAAAAUAAAUGCAUUCUUUUUUAGUAAAAGAGCAUUUAAAUACCAAAUGCAUAAAAUUAAGGAACAUAUCACUGGCGGAGACACUGGCGCAGUUUAUAAAUUAAGUAUCUGUUGAUUUGUGCCAUUUUCUGAUCUGGAUUCCGAUAUCUGAUUUUACUUGACAAACCAGCUAACCGAACAAUCUCAAGUGCUGGAAAACUUCAAAUUUUAUACUUUUUCAGAGUAAACUGGUAUGAGAAGAUUAAUCGAAAAGUCUAAUUUUCUACCACGAAUCAAGGCAGGUAAUUUGCAAAGUGUCGUAGGAGAUACUCAAAAAUAAUUUUAUAUAGUUUUGUGCUUUUAUUGACAGGGUGUGAUGCCUUUGAAAUGGAUGGCGGUGGAGUCGUUAACGAAUCGAGUUUCCACCACAGAAAGUGAUGUGUGAGUUGUCAGCAAUUCAGCUACGAUUAGAAAGUUUGUCAUACGCCUUUAAGUUUUCCAGGCUCGAAAACGGCCAUUUUAUCUACGUACUCGUGAAGCUCGAGCGCAAGUCCACGAAACCGCCAUAUAGUUUUUCAGUCUAGACGGGAUUUUUCACGUGCGACCCCCUAAAAAAAAGGACACAGGUCGACCGGAGCGGCGAGGAUGCCUUCUCCCUUCUAAUAUGCCUUGACGCUACCAAAUUUGUACUGCUCAGUUUCGUUACUCUUAUAAAGACGAUUUACCUGAAAAUUUGGACAAAACCACUGCCCAAGAAUGCAAAAAGUCCACUUCCAGUUAACGUGCUUCUCUUAAAAGCCUCUUUGCUUAAAAUCCCUAAAAACCGUGCAAAAGCACCCUUAGAAUGAAUCAAUUUGGCUUUAAGCUUGAGAUAGGGCAAGUGGAAUUGAAGUGGUUCUGUAACGCAGUUAAUUGUUCAACCCUCAUCUCAACGUUAUUGUGUGACUGACUUAUCUGUCAUUUUCUUUUCCUCCAUUUAGAUGGAGUUACGGGGUCGUGCUGUAUGAAAUAUUUACCCUCGGUAAGUAUUAGCCGUUCACUCAUAUGGCCCGCGGGUAAGCACUCCACCCGCGCGAGCUUGCUCGCACGCUAUCGCUCAUACACAUCGGAACUGUUCCUCCAGACAGUAACACAACUGUUUUAAUGCUUCUAACUCUCUCUUUCUCUCGCCAUAUGCUUUUUUAUUGAUCGAUCACAAUCUUGAAAACGACAUCGUAUAAUAUCCAUAAAUCGCGGCUUUCAGACUCCAAUGACCUUGAGGAACGCAAAAAAGGGAACAAAGCGUUCUUAACAUCCUAAUAUCAACUUACGAAUUCUCACAUAUAAAAAGAGAAACAAUUUGCUUUACGUUCCUUGUUUCUGAUAACGGUGGAUAUAUCAUCAAAAUGAAAACAAAAUAAUAAUAGCCGCAUAAACAUAACAACUUUCUUUAAUUUUAGCUAAUUUUCCAGACAUGUUUCGAUGGUACAUCUGUCAUCUUCAGUGUUACAUAUUUGAAAUCCGUCGCCGUUGAAUUUAAAUCGCGCGAGCGAUGUUACAAAGUUCGUUACAUUGCGUUGUUGCAUAAUGAAAAGUUUAAAGGGAGAGAGUCAUGUUAUGUGUUUCACCUGCUGGUUGAGGUCGGGUUUUUCCCAUUUUAUAAACAUAGAUCCUUAAACUUUACUUGGCACUAAGUAGCUGCAGAAUCCAUGAUCUCGAAGCAAUCCGGUGUACAGGAUGUUCGAUAAGACUCUGAACUCUGUAGAUGUCUAAAAACGUUCGAAGACCUAUCGGAAAGUAAGUGCUUGGGCACUCGUGUGGAGGAAUGUCGGCUGGUUUCACCAACAUAAUAAGCAUAACAAUUUGCACACGAUUCUAAAAGCUAAAACUCGAUAGGCUGACUAUUAAACGUAUCUGGAGGACCACGAGAGAGAAAAGCGAGAACGGGAUCCUCUGAACGGAACUUCAGUUGAUACUCAAGCUUACAUCUUAAUCCAUGGACUAUAGCUUGUUGUCCACGCGCUCUUGCAUAAUGAACUUACAAAAAGACGAUGGAAAAUGAAAAUAACACUGUAAUAAGGAUGUUUAUGGUACCAAGUAUUAUAAAAUUCUUGUAUUGUGGCACCAUUUUCCGCUGUAGGGUGAAUGUUUUACAUCAAGCCGAGGAGAAAAAUUGAGAAAUUUAACAACAAGUUUCAGCUGUGCUUCUUGGAUGUAUUCCAAAUUAGUUCUGAUCAUUUUCUGUAGACGAGUAAAGCUGUGCCCUAAAAUGUAUCUCGAAAUUACCUUAAAUACAUACAAGCUUCUUUUUUUUUUUUCAGGAGGAAAGCCCUACGACGGAAUGACAGCUAAAGAGGCUUGCUUUUUUGUUCGAAGCGGUCACAGGAUGCCAAGACCUUCAGCUAUAAGCCUUGAACUGUGAGUUCGUCAGUUUGUUAAGUUCAUUCUUUUCGUCCAGUACGUCCAGUAUCAGAUCGUGUUUGCUUACCCAACAACUAAAUACUAGAUUGACCAUAAUGCAUAAAGCAAUAUGAUAUUUAUUGAAUUUUGCUCUCGGCGGUCUCUCAGACGUAGCUAUCGUUAUCAUGCAGUUGUAAAAUAUAAGAUUGCAGCUUUUUUUGUUGAGUUCAAUUCAACUAGGUAUUGUUCUAAUUGUAUCGAACUUUUGUUUGUGGACUCAACCAUUUUGUAACUUUCUAUCUUUUUUCAGCUAUGAGCUUAUGCUUCAAUGCUGGAACAAAGAACCAUCCCAGCGACCCAAGUUUAGUGAUAUCGUGAUUUGGAUGGAAAAGUCCUUACAAAGAGUAUAAGAGUUGACAAAAGUCGCCUCUCCACCUUUAAAGGAUUCCAGAAACAGUUUCGGUGGCAAAGCUAAGGACAAAUCGAACCCCUAUAAAGUCAGUCUAGACUCUAUUUUCAUCUAAUAGUAUUCAAAACCAGUAGUGGUAAUGAUUCUGCACGAUCACGAUGAUGAUGAUACUGCAGAGAACUAGCAAAGCAUUGCCGCACACUUAUCCACGAGACCAAUAAAUACCCUUAAGAUAACUUGCUCAUUGCAUUAAUCAGUCAAACCGCGAAAGACAUCGAGAACACCCUUGAGGUAACGGCCCCCAUAGCGGGCGAAUCAAACCAACAAGACUGCUUUUUAAGACAAGUAUAUAACAUCAUCUUAUGAUAUGGGAGGCAAACCCAAAGAGUGGGAGAACAACACAAUAGAAAUAAGGAAUACUAGUGAGGGGAACAAGGAUGUUGCUGAGUCAUCUUAAUGGACCACAAUAAUUGUCUAAUGCUACAGUAAAACAGGCUUCAAAACGG